ACUCUUCAAAGCUAAAAAGCCCAAUGAAUCUGAUUCCUUAUCUUUCACAGAACCAGUUACUUUACUUUUUAUUCGUUUUAAGUUUUUGAUAUUUCAAAGAAUCAAAAGGAUAAAAUCCAACCCACAUAAUGUUUUUGAACCCAAAUGAAAUGGUUUAAUUUUCCUCAACUCAGUGAGUGAGAUUAGAUAUACGCAAACCAAAUGGAUUCUUCAAAUUCCAUACAGACGGCCAUUGCGCCGAUCCCCGUUGAUCUGUUCAUUUCCAAGAAACAUCCUGGCCUUACACGUGGAGAGAUCGGGUUCGCUGAUUCCUCCGGUAAUAUCGUUUUCAAAGUCAACCGUCAAUCUUCUUCUAAAACUGUCGUUCUUAAUUCCGCGGGAAAUCCUCUCAUUUUCCUCAAUCACCGAGACAAAGGAGUGUGGCAAGGUUUUCAGGGGGAUGAUGAUGGGGAGAAAGAUUUGAUGUUUAGAGUGCAGAGGACGUUGAAUAGACUUACUAGAACUGAAUUUGAUGUAUUUCUUGUUCGUGAGAAUCAGGAAGAGUCCACCUCUGAUGUCAAACUGAAAGGCUUUCCUUGCCAAAGAUCUUGCACUAUCUUUGAGGGCAAUUCUAUUGUGGCUCAGACCAGUCUCAUGUACAAGCUUCAUCAGAUUUAUGCGAGAAGAAAUAAAUUUCGACUGACCAUAUUUCCAGGGUCUUUUGAUACAACUUUAGUUGUGGCUUUGGUUUCAAUAUUCUUCGACUGACAAUGAAAAAUAUAGAACUAAGGUGUGUUAUACUGCACCUAUCUCCACGUUCAGCAUAGUUGUUUUUGGU